AUCUUUCAGAACUGAAAAACACUUUCCACUCCUGUGGAUGCUGUGCAGCACCAUGUGAAGGUUAAGUGUGUGUGUGACCAGAUGCAAUUGCAUGUGUGUGUCUGAAGUCAUAGGCAAGUUGGGAGUAGGGGGGGACACAGAAUGGUGGCGUAUGGUUUUCAUAACUCUCUUAGGGUUUUCAAUUUUGAAAUCCCCCCCCCCACACACACACACACCUCGACAGACAUGCACAUACACCGAUCUAUAACCCCCUCCUGCCUUCUCUUAUACACUCACACAUUUUACCAGCCCCCUCUUCCAAAUAACACACAAUUCUUUUUCCUCUACGUAGCCUCCCCCCUUUCCACCCUCCCCCCAUAUUUCUCUCUUUCUGAGUGAGGUUCAGUCGAGAAGACAACUGUGCAGACGCAAGAGAGCCCUGGCAGGAUCAGACAAAGCAGAGGGUCCAUCACUGAAAUUCAGCACUUUCAUAUUUGGACUGAACUGAUUUUAAACCGCGGACUAUAUUGGUUCUUCCCUGGACUUUAUAUUGGACUGUACUGCACCCAACUGGACUUCACUUGACUGCAUCGGUUUUCAAUUAGAUGAAUACAGUAUCUGGUAUAAUUUAAAUGAUUUUUCCCAGCAGUGAAAUUUGCCUGUUUUGGAUUUAUCUGAAUGCCAUACAUUUGAGUAAAAGUUCAAUUAGAUCAGAUUAUUUAUUGAAAUACCAUAAAAUGCUAAAAAUUGUUGUUGUUGUUAAUUUUGUUUAAUUAACUGUGAAGCGGGUAUAUUUGGAUCGGGUUUGUUUGGUCAGGAAGUCAGAAAAAAAACACAUUUUUCCUCUAAUAAGUUAUUUAAGUUGCCAGUGAGGUUGGAGUACUAAUUUGAAUGUUGGCCUAGUUUAAACGUCAUGUCUUGGUGGGGGAUGCAAAAGACCAUCAGGAGCAGUAUCAGCGGCAUGCCUCUCCUGUGUGCCCUGUGGCUGCUGAUGAUCUGUCUGGCUCCUGGAGGCCAAAGCCAGAGGCUGAGGGAGACGGGGGCGGAGCCGCCGGCGCCGAGCGGUCAGCUGGCGGAGAAAGACGCGAUUUGCCACCAGACGGGAUGCUAUGCCGUCUUCUUCCAAAAGAGAAACUUUCGGGAGGCUGGCCGGAGCUGUCGGGAGAGAGGCGGCACCUUGGCGACGAUGCACACCCAAGAGGCAGCGGCCGUGGUCCAUGAGCUGCUUCUGGCCAUCGAGGGGACCAAGCCGAGGCUUCGUCUCUGGAUCGGACUGCACAGGUCAUCGCGCCAGUGCUCAUCCACCCGACCACUCAGAGGAUUCGUCUGGGUCACAGGAGACCAGGAUGGCCAAUUCUCCAACUGGCUCCGUAAUGACAACCCUGAGACUUGUACGGCCCCUCGCUGUGUAGCCAUGAACGUCCACACUUCUGAGAUUGGGCGUAAAGGUAGAGACAACCUCCGGUGGGUCGAUGGCUCCUGCGCGCUGCCGUUGGACGGAUACGUUUGCCAGUACAGCUACAAAGGCAUGUGUCCACCACUGGAGGACGAGGGCAGCGGUCCGGCUCUCUACACCACCCCCUUUUACCUCCUCAGCUCACUGCUGACCCACGUGCCCUUCAACUCCGUGGCCACUCUACCGUGCCCCACGGACGGCUCGGACCCAGAGGCUCGUGCUGAGGAGACGGUGCUGUGCACGGAGAGAGACGACAAGACGGUGGGCUGGUCCAAGGAUGCCCCGCUGUGCUUGUCCGUUGCCCCUCCGGACGGGCAGGAUUGGUGCAGCCAAGAUCACGUCUGCGAGCAGUUCUGUCAGAACACGGACACAGACUACUACUGUUACUGCUCCGAGGGCUUUGUGAUAAAUGAGGACGGGUACAGCUGCGAGCCGGAUCCCCUGGGCCUGACUGACCAGCCCAAAUUAUCCGCAGACUCCGCCGGCCCCACUGACCAGCCCCCCGUCAAUGAGGCUUGUGUGGAGAUGGGCUGUGAGUACAACUGUGUGGAGACCCAGCGGGGCAUCCGCUGCACAUGCCCCCACGGCUACCAAAUGGGUCCAGAUGGCCGAAAAUGUUCCGAUGUGGACGAAUGCCAACAGCACCCAUGCUCGCAUCUGUGUAUCAACAUCCCCGGCACUUUCCACUGCGCCUGCUCCUCCGGAUUCCAGCAAGACGACGAGGGCGAAUGCGCCGACAUCGACGAGUGCCUGAACCCGGGAAACUGUGAAGGCCUUUGUAACAACACAGUGGGAUCCUUCACAUGUACGUGUAACCAAGGAUAUGUGUCGGACAGUGAAGACAAGUGUGUGGAUCGGGAUGAGUGUGCGGAGGGGUCGCCCUGUCAGCAGCAUUGUCUUAACUUUGUGGGAGGGUACCUGUGUUACUGUGACAGUGGCUAUAACCUGCAGUCAGACGGGCUUUCCUGUAAGCCUUUGGUAGAUGAUGGGGAAUAUUCCACUCUGACCCCUGACCCCGAGGAUUUCGCUGAUAUGCCCGAAUUGCAACCCGACCACAAUAUUCUCUGGGCCACCUCAUUCACACCGGACCCAAACUUCGAAGCUGACACUAACUUCGACGUUGGCUGGCUGACAGAAGCCCCUGAAGCAUUCUCCCCUGACAUGGCUCAUGGGUCAGACAAUCAUCUAAACCAAUGGGAUGCCAUGUCACCAAAGCGUUAUCAGACGGUCCCACCCCCAACGCAACAAGACAACACAGGCAAUGAAAUUCAUAACGAGGCUGAAGAUAAGACUGAAGGUAAUGACGAUAGAGAUAAAGGGGUGGCUGAAACUGCGAAUGGGUCUGCCUCUGGAAGGCGGCAGGGCGAGGGAUCUAAAGUGGACACCGCGGAGGAGGCUGAGUCUGCUGCAGGUGAACGGAAGCACAACAAGAGCUGGUUACUGGUGGCCCUGCUGGUGCCCCUGUGUGUGUUCCUCGUGGUGAUGCUGGCUCUGGGGAUCGUCUACUGCACCAGCUGUGCUGUGGACAAGAGCCUGAGCUUCUCAAACUGCUAUCGCUGGAUACUUCCAACAAUGCCUCCUGACCAGAGGAACGGCAAAACCCAAGCAUGAACUCUAAAUUAAACAAACACACACAUUUUUUUCUUCACAUUUGUCUUGUGUAACAGGGCUGCUCACUAAACCUACUAUUUGGAUAUAAUAGCCAAAUGUUUUCUGUUGCAAAUUCCUUGUAAAUAAUUCACUUUCUGACUGUUUUUUUAGAAUUCAAUAAAACCAAUAACCUGAU